AAAAAAAAAAAAAUUUGGUCGUCGGAAGCCAUGGCUUCUCUUCUCAAUCUCAGGCCAACUCCUCCAGUACUCUGUUCUAAGCCACCUCAUAAGCUCACUCACUCUCAUCUUCACACCUAUAUCUGUUUCCCGUUCAAAAUCUCAAAUACACAUAAUCAAUUUCUCAAUUUAUGUCGUUCGUCAUCAACACCACCACCUUCACAGCAAAAGGCUUCACAGAGGAAGAGAACAAGGUACAGGAAACAGUACCCAGGAGAAAACAUUGGGAUAACUGAGGAAAUGAGAUUCGUAUCCAUGAGAUUACGCAAUGCUAGUGGAAAAAAAUUGCAUCUUUCUGGUGAUAAUACUGAAAACGAAGAAGAACAUGAAGAAGAAGACGAUGAUGAUGAUGAAGUAAAGAGAGAGACUUGGAGGCCAAGCCAAGAGGGAUUUCUUAAGUACUUAGUUGAUAGCAAGCUUGUCUUCGAUACUAUUGAACGAAUUGUUGACGAAUCUGAGAAUGUUUCUUAUGCUUACUUCAGGAGAACAGGAUUAGAGAGAUGUGAAAGUCUUGAGAAGGAUCUACAAUGGUUUAGAGGACAAGAUUUGGUUAUUCCAGAACCAAGUAAUACAGGAGUUUCUUAUGCAAAGUAUUUAAAAGAACUAGCAGGAGAAAGUGCACCUUUGUUUCUUUCUCAUUUCUACAGUAUCUACUUUUCACACAUUGCUGGUGGUCAAGUUAUUGUUAACAAGGUAUCUGAGAAGCUUCUGGAAGGAAAGAUGAUGGAGUUCAAUAGGUGGGAAGGGGAUGCACAAGACUUACUUAAAGGCGUCCGUGAGAAACUUAACGUGCUUGGGGAGCACUGGACUCGGGACGAGAAAAACAAAUGCUUGAAGGAAACAGCAAAGGCAUUUAAGUAUAUGGGGCAGAUAAUUCGCUUGAUGAUCUUGUGAAAUUCUUGGUUUUAAAGUUACCAGACCUGUGUUCACGAUGGUACGUCUAGAAUCAGUUCAAAAACUUUCAUUUGUCAGAUUGUCUAAGACACCGAAAAUUCAAUUCUCCCCUGGAGAUUGCAGUGCUCCACUUGGCUUACCGCAGGCAUUUUCCCUAAUUCAGGACAGUGCUGGAAUUGAAGCUGAUGAACACCAGCCUUGGGUUCUUUGUUGCUCUAAGUCAGCAGUAAAUAAAAAUUACCAAAUUGCUGUGCGUAAAAAUGUAGCCAAUGGUUGUGUCCUUCGUCUGGUAAUUCUUGAUGAAAUAUUGUUUUCUUUAGUUUUAAAUAUUUGAAUUUGGGGGAUCUGAACACUUAUCAUUAGUUCUACUUCUCUGAAUAAUACAUUAGACUAGAAA